AUGCUGCGACGGUCGCUGCGUGGCGUGCGCUUUUCCUCGACCUGGUCGCGCUUCACGGCACCUCAGAUGGUCUACAUUGCCGGCGAGGAUUUCUGUGAGAUGUAUGGGGAGGAGAUGUCGCGGUACACCAUGGAGCUUGUCAUGAAGAAGUGGGUGGAGCCAUCAAUUGACACCUCCAAGUGGGAGUACUACGACCUCAGCUGUAAG